GUUCAAAACCCUAAUAUUCAUAAAUACUAAUAAUCAAUCACUUUGCUCUCUAUCUCUCGUCUAGGGUUACCGUUGAGAUAUCAUCAUCACUUUCGCUUGGCUCAAUCAAUCGAUGUAAUGAAGCGAGAGCGAGAUCACCAGUUCGAAUGUGGAAUAUGCGGAGCAGAAGACCGGUAUCUCCUCCACAACGUCCGCCACCGUACCCCAUCCUACCGCCGCCUUUGUACGAACUGUCUCUUAAAAGACCACCGUGGUCUCUUCUGCCCUUUCUGCUUUAGUGUGUAUGAAGAACCACUCCCAAUUGAUCGAUCCAUGUGUAACAAAUGCCCUUCCAUCUCUCACAAACCUUGCAUCCCUUCCAAUUACCUUCACCACACUCCCUUCAUCUGCCCCUCUUGCUCCUCCCCCAAUUUCUCCUUCUUUAAUCCUACUACAAACGGAGAUUCUCCUUCCGGCAGGAUCAUCGAUAGAGAUUCCGCCAGAGCGCUUGUUGCUGCCGCCAAGAUUGCUGCCGUUUCCAUGACGAAAGCGGCGGCGAUGGCCAAGGUUGAAGCUGAGAAAAGGGUUAAGGAAGCUACUUAUGCAAAGAAGAGAGCUAGAGAAGCGCUUGAAAGGCUUGCUUAUUUGGCUGCCAAAGAGAAAGAGAUUAUGGAGGGAAAAGGAGGAGGAAGUAAUUAUAAUGGGCUUUAUCUAGCUCCUGCUCCUCCUCCUCAGAUUACAGGGAAAGUGGAGAAAUGAUGAUGAUUUUACUUCUAAAUAGGAAUAAUGCCAAAUGAAACUUUGGAGUUUCAACAAAAACCUUUACACGCUGGCUAUGCUAUUAUUAAUUUAUCUUCUGGCUAAAAUCAGUUCAAGUUGGGUGGUGCUGCUUCGGUUGAUGGCAAAUCUGCUGAUAUUAUCUAUUUCAACAUAUUGCUGCAUGGAAUCUGUUCUGUUAUUACAGAUUGCCUUCAAAGUUGGAAACGGGAGGACAUUAUCAUCAUCUUUAUCGGAGGUGUUUUAUGGCUUACAGUUACAGUGACUACUAGUACACCAACAAGGAUAAUUAAGAAUCCUCUGACAACAACAUUACCUGGUUUCGUCUUGCUUCUUCUUCUUUGUUUCUUUUCCCUCAACUCAACUUUUACGUGUUCUGAUGAAUGAUGGAUUUGUGAAUUCCCAUCGAGGGGAAAGGAUAAAUAAGGAGAGACUAAAACCAAAUAACAUGAAGUUCCAUUUUCUACAGACAAGGGUGUCUUAAAUUAGGAAGAUUGUAUUUUUAUUUUUUUUCAGCAGGAUUGCACAAGUAUGUUCCAUUAUAGGUGCUGUAUCUCUGGUUUACAAGCAAAAUUAUCUGCUGAAGGAUGAGAUUUUUUAGAGGAAAUGAUGGCUGCUGGAGAGUUAAUUUUGCAGUCCUGCAAACAAUAUUCUCUGAAACGAGUUCGUUCUUUGUGAAUAGUCGAGAGCCAAUGUUGAAAUCUACCUCCUAAUUAAAGUAUGCUUUACAAACGUUAAUGUUGUUGAUGCUAAUCUGAUGCUCGAAGUCCCAAGUCCACAAAGAUUAAUCUGAGUUCUAAUUAAUCACUGAUUUAUCCCAUUUUAUAGUUUCAACUUGUAUAUUUGCGGAUGGUAUUAGGGGUUGCCCUUGAAUCCACCGCCGAUAAUUUAGUAGACAUUGAACAAAAUAUAUACGUCGAAUUAGCUAGCUUAAUAAUUGCUAUUGUAUAGUUAGUAGCUAGCUAGCUUGUAAUUGUUAUUUGGUGCCCAUCCCAAGUUACUUGAUUUUGAGGGACCGAAAAAGAGAACGGAAAAGUCUUUCCUUUUUUA